GGUAUCAAGGCCUCUGAUGCACCGGUAAUGGCGGUGAAGUACUACACCUCAAAAAUAAAUAGCCAUGAAGAUCUUGAAAAUUUGACAACUUAUGGUUUUCGUGGUGAAGCCUUGGGAUCAAUUUGUUGUGUAGCUGAGCUACAGUAUAUGUCCUUACAUUUGUCACAGGAACUCACUAGUGGAGAGCACAGAUGAGUAAAUAAGUAAUGACAGUUCAAAGUAGCCACCAGCUGCCAAGAGGAAAGUUAGCAAAAUUUUCAGAAAAGAACAUCUGAAUUUGAAAAUGGUAGGUCAGAAGGGAUUGCAGUAUAACUUUUCAGCAAGAUGAAUGUAGAAGAUUUCAAGAGACCAUUGCUCUCUAUAUAGCAAAGAAGAGAAUGCACAUAAUUUUUAAAACUUGUAUUGUUUAAAAACCAUUGAAGAACUGUCACCAAGAAGUUUAAAUGAAUGAAGUUCCAGAGAAAGGGGACCCUUUCCUAGACAGGAAGAAACUAGUGGCCACUGGCAUCCCUGGGAGCAUUGACUGAGACUGGAGGCAUAGCUGGCAACAGAGCAGACCUGCUGCGCUGGACAGGGGAUCUUCUGUGGUCCUCGGAGAAGCCAGCUGAAUGUUCAAUAGCCACAUGGGAGCUUACAUGACAGAUUGGAAGAUGGGAUCCUCUAAUACAGAGCUGGUUCACCUCGGAUGCCUAGAUUUCUGAGUAACAAGUGAUGAAGAAAGUUGGGACUAAGCUGGAGGAAAGAAAUAUCUUAAGUCUUGCAGUGCUUAUGUCUCAGAGCCUUGCUAAAAUGAGAGAUUUAUUUCCAUCCUUAAGACAUUAGAACCUGGAAGUGAAAUGGAACUAAAUGAAGGGGCAACUCGCUCCAACACAGAUAAACUCUUGAUUGUAUUGAAGAGAUCCACUCUUUAACUGGUUGACAGAGGAAAUGCAGUGCCUUCUCUGGGGGAAAGUACAACUGUAACUGCUUUAAGGUUGUUUAAGAACCUGCCUGUAAGAAAGCAAUUUUACUCAACUACUAAAAAAUGUAAAGAUGAAAUAAAAAAAGUUCUAGAUCUCCUCAUAAGCUAUGGAAUACUUAAACCUGACUUAAGGAUUCUUUUUAUACAUAACAAGGCAGUUGUCUGGCAGAAAACGAGAGUAUCGGAUCACAAGAUGGCCCUCAUGUCUGUCCUGGGGACCGCCGUCAUGGGCAGCAUGGAGCCUGUUCAGUACUACUGCGAGGAAGCCCAGAUUUUUCUAAGUGGAUUUCUUCCAAAGCAUGAUGCAGACCACUCUUCCACAAGUCUUUCAACCCCAGAAAGGAGUUUCAUCUUUAUAAACAGUCGACCAAUACACCAAAAAGACAUAUUAAAGCUAAUCCGACGUUAUUACAAUCUGAAGUGCCUAAAGGAAUCUACUCGUUUGUAUCCCAUUUUCUUUCUGAAAAUUGAUGUUCCUACAGCUAACGUGGAUGUAAAUUUAACACCAGAUAAAAGUCAAGUAUUAUUACAGAAUAAGGAAUCUGUUUUAAUUGCUCUUGAAAACCUGUUGACAACUUGUUACGGAUCACUACCUAGUACAAAUUCUUAUGAAAAUAAUAAAACAGAUGUUUCUUCAGCUGACAUGGUUGUUAGUAAAAAAGCAGAAACAGAUGUGCUUUUUAAUAAGGCGGGAUCAUCUGGAAGUAAUUGUCCUAAUGUUGAUACUUCGAGCAUUUCUUUUCAAAAUGAUGAACCUGGAGAAAACAUUAAUGGUUGUUUAAAUCAUGUACACGUUCGUGACCAUUAUAAUGACCAUUUUAUUAGUGAAAAUUCUAACAUUGAUAACACUGAAAAUACAUUUCUGGAGAUCCCAAUGGGUAAUUUAUCAAGUGAGGACACCCAGAAGGAAUGUACUGAAACUGGUUUUGUAGGUUCUGUUAAGCACGCCCAGUCAGAAAAUGGCACUGUAGCUGGGAGUGGGGAAAAUGAGAAAGAAGCAGUUCCUGUGGAGUCUUUGGAAAUUUCUGCAGAUAGCUGGAGCAGGGGAAAUGCACUCAAAAAUUCCAUGGGAGAAAACAUUGAACCUGUGAAGAUUUUAGUGCCUCAAGAAAGCUCAGCAUGUCAAGUAAGUGAGAAAAAUAACCCCAGCCCUGAACAAAAGAAUCUCAGUGAAGGCUCCUGUAGCAAAAAGUCAAAUGUGGUGGAUAACAAAUCAGGACAGCUUACAGCUUAUGACUUAAUUAGCAGCCGUGUAAUCAAGAAACCCAUGUCAGCACGUGCCCUUUUUGUUCAAGAUCGUCGUGGUCAGUUUCUCACAGAAAAUUCUAAGACCAUUUUGGAGGAAGCAACAAGACAAAUUGAAGAACUGUGGGAGACACUAAGUGAAGAGGAAAAACUGAAAUAUGAAGAGAGGGCUACUAAAGAUUUGGAACGAUACAAUAGGCAAAUCAAGAGAGCCAUUGAACAGGAGCCACAAACCUCACUACAAGAUGGCAGAAAAAAAAUGAAGCCCACAAGCUCAUGGAGCUUGGCGCAGAAGCACAAAUUGAAAACGUCAUUAUCUAAUCAGCCAAAACUUGAUGAGCUUUUCCAGUCCCAGAUUGAAAAAAAAAAGAGUGAAACCAUUAAAACAGUUCAAAUUCACUUUUCUAUGGAAAACUUUAAAAAAAAUGUAGAGAAACAUAAGAAAUUUGAACUAGAAGAAAAGGACGAACUUUGCUUAAUCCACAAUCUCAAAUUUCCUGAUGCGUGGCUAAUUACAUCCAAAACAGAGGUAAUGUUGUUAAAUCCAUACAGAGUGGAAGAAGCCCUGCUAUUUAAAAGACUUCUUGAGAAUCAUAAACUUCCUGCACAACCGUUGGAAAAACCAAUUAUAUUAACAGAGAGUCUUUUUAAUGGAUCUCAUUAUUUAGAGAUUUUAUAUAAAAUGACAGCAGGUGACCAAAGCUACAGUGGAUCAACUUACCUGUCCGAUCCUCGUCUUACAGCAAAUGGUUUCAAGAUAAAAUUGAUACCAGGAGUUUCCAUUGCUGAAAACUACUUAGAAAUAGAGGGAAUGGCUAACUGUCUUCCAUUCUAUGGCGUGAUGGAUUUAAAAGAAAUUCUUAAUGCUAUUGUCAACAAAAAUGCAAAAGAAGUUUAUGAAUGUAGACCUCGCAAAGUGAUAAGUUAUUUAGAGGGAGAAGCGGUGCGUCUAUCUAGACAGUUACCCAUGUACUUACCAAAGGAGGACAUCCAAGACAUCAUCCACAGAAUGAAGCAGCAGUUUGGAAAUGAGAUUAAAGGGUGUGUUCAUGGUCGCCCAUUUUUUCAUCACUUAACUCAUCUUCCAGAAGCUACGUGAUUAAACCAUAUUUAAAAAAAUUAGUUACUGUUGAAAUUGAUUUGGUCAUAAAUCAGUGUUUGAACUAUCUGAACAGUGUUCAUUGGUUCACUUAUUAUAAGUGAAGAUUUCCUGGCUUGUUUAUAUAUUGAAAAAUGUUUUAAACUGUAGAAAACUUAAAUAAACUAAUAUAGACUAUUCA